AAAAGGAGGAGGAGGGAACGGGACGUGUCGUCCAAGUCUCACAUUCUUCUCUUUUCAUCUUCCAAACAGAUAAACCAGCAAACAAGUAUAGCAUAUAUAUAUAUAUAUAUAUAAGAGGCCUUUUCAUUCCAAAUAAUAAAGGCGACCUUUAUUGCUUUCCUUUUCAUAUAUUCCCUUCCUUUUCUUGGCGGGAGAAAUAAAGUACGGACAAAAGUCAAAGUACGUUUACACGGAGUACAAACUUUUUAGGGGGGAAAGGAAAAGCUCUAUUAUUUCUUCUGCUACAGCUCUGAUGGAAAUCAGCGGAUACCAAACUCGCGCUGAGCUGCUUCUUCGAAACUACAUGCUUUCAGAUUCUUUCGUUAUCUACUCAUCUGUUAUUGGUGGCAUUUUCGCAUGCAAAUUGGUUUACGAUCUUAGCCAGAUAUUCACCUCUAUUUACUUUAAGUGUUAUGCUAAGCUCUCAAAAUCUCAACAAGUUGAAUGGAAUAACCGGUCCGUAUCUACCGUUCAUGCGAUACUCGUUACAACCAUGUCACUGUACUUGGCAUUCUGGUCCGAUCUUUUCUCUGAUAAUCAGCUGUCUGGCCCUGUCAUUAUGCGGAGUUCCACAUUAUCAACCUUUGUCUUGGGGGUUUCUAUGGGAUAUUUUCUCACUGAUCUUGCCAUGAUCCUUUGGUUUUAUCCUUCUUUAGGUGGACUAGAAUACCUGGUUCAUCACCUUCUCUCUAUGGUAGCAGUGACAUAUGCAAUGUUGACCGGUAAGGGGCAGCUUUACGUGUUCAUGGUUUUAGUUUCUGAGGCAACUACCCCCGGGAUCAACUUGAGAUGGUAUCUUGAUGUAGCUGGAAUGAAAAAGUCGAAAGCAUACCUCGUAAAUGGUUUCAUGAUGGUGUUUGCUUGGCUGGUUGCCAGAAUUUUGUUAUUCAUUUACUUGUUUUACCACGUCUACAUCCACUAUGAAGAGGUUAAGCAUCUGCCUUCAUUUGCGAUUUUCCUAUUAUCUGUUGUGCCAUUGAUACUUACUGUGAUGAACUUGGUUUGGUUCUGGAAGAUUGUGAAAGGACUUAAGAAGACUUUAGUAAAGAGGCAGUGAAGUUUGGAGAUGUCGAUCCUCGGAUUUAAAAACACAUGUAAGUACAUUCUAGGAUAGAUAGAUAGAUAUCUUGAGUUGCCAGGAGAAAAAAAGAAAUAUCAGUCUGCUUGUGUACAUAAAAAUUUGAUACUCUGAGAAUAUAUUUGCUGCUCUCAACAAGAAAAAUAGAAGCUCAAUUGAAAUAUUAUCAAUUGUCUUCUUA